GCAGCUGCUCCACCGCUGCUCAUGAGCACUCCCAGCUCAGGGCUCAGCUCCUGCCAGCCUGGGCACGGUGGCAUCACUGACACCCACGGAGCCUCUGCUGGCACCGGAGCCCUGAGGUGCGGUGCCGAGCGAGCCUCUGCACGCCUCCACAGCGGCACGGAAACCGCAGACACCCUCAUUUUCCGUCCUCCUUCCAAAAAGCUCCAGGCUGCAUGUGCUAAAACAAUACAAACCUCUAGCACGCUGAGGAGGGUGCCCGGACUGAGCGGCUGAGGGAGAUUGGAUGGCUGAGUGAGAACUGUCUGUUCAGAAGAGGUCGUGGCUGAGGAUUAGUAACAUGUCUAAAGAAAUGCAGGAGCUCCAGAAGCAGUGGCACUCCGUGAUGCAGACCAUCCACAGCAACGCCAAUGUUGUUGCCUUUAUGAAUUCUCGAGUUGGCCAGUAUUUAGAUGACCAUCCUUUUGUUGCCUUAUCACUCCUGAUGUUUAUUGCAGUGUCAGCUAUUCCUGUUGGAUUUUUCCUGGUUUUUGUUGUUACAACAGCUGUAAUGGCCUGUAUUGGUGUGAUAGUCAUGGAAGGUGUUGUCAUAGCCAUAGGUGGCAUAGCCCUUCUGUGUGUGCUGUGUGGCCUGGGAGCCCUGUCCCUGGGAGUUUCUGGAGUGCUGAGUGUUUCUUACAUUGCACUUUCAACUCUGGUCAACUACUGGUAUGCAUCAAGGGGCCAGAUAAGGAAGCAAGAUGUUAAUGGAAGUUUACCACAGACGCAGCCUGGCUUGGAUCUUUCUGCCAACACUGGAAAGAGUGAAUAAGUAGAUUUCACCCCACUUCAUAGGCACUUAGCUGUACAAUUUCAGCCUUUGCUAUGUAAUUUUUUACUCAUUUAGCAUUCAGCCAUUGUGUACUCCUGGAAACUGAGAAAGCAUUCUACACUGGCACUGUAAAAGGGAUCUUAAGGAUAACCAAGCAGCAGCAGUGCAGUAGUAAGUGUAUGUGCAGGAUGGAAUGUUCCAUAGAGCUUGGUAAAGGGAUGUAAUAAGAGUUGGUACUGUUAGGUCAAUGGCAAGUAGGUGGACAGAAAGGGGAGGGAGAUAUUUCACUUAUCAGAUAGUGGAGUUCCAAAUGUACUCUCUUUAAUACAGAGCAGUGGUCAUUGUAAUACAGAAGUAUCAAAGUUCAGAACAGUAGAAACACAUUCUGAUUGUGAAAAGUAUUUGUAAGCCUUAAUAAUCUUUGUUAAAAUAGUAUGAGUACACCAGGCCAAUGUUUUAUUUACAUUAUACAGGGAAAAGUGUCAUGUGUCAUAGUCUAAGCUUUUAUCUCCCUUUAGCUGUUGUUAUUCCAAAGGGAUAUUUUCCUUAUUGUCAUUGCCUCAUGGGGAAUGCUUAGAUCUUAUAUUGAAAUUGCCUGGUUUGCUUCUUAGUUGUGACUCUGUAUGUUAUUUAAACUUUUUUCAUUUUUGCAAGUACUAUUAUAUUUUUAAGCAUUAAGAAAGUACCUAACUAUAUUAGCUUAAUAAAGUACUCUUUGUUUAACCAGA